AUGGCGACCUUCUUCCAGAGUGUUCGCCAAGGGUUUGGUAGAGGCAACAACAACAAGAAUAACAACAGCGGCAACAACCCCAAGAUGAACAGUGGAAGUCCCGCCCCGUCACCGGUGUCUCAGGGCCCUCCCACUGGCCAUGUGCCCAACUCCCCGUCCUUGACGUCGAGUCUCUCUGUGGAUACCACCUCCGCCUACGAUCCCGACGCCCCCAAGUACUUCUUCCAGGAGAAAUACGCCCCUUUGAACGUGAAGGGCAACUUCUUGACCUUGUGUGCCUGCCCGAAGAACGUGGAACUCGGAGAAUGGCUGGCCCAUCAGAUUGUCGAACAGUACCGCUUGCUUCAUGGCAUGCUCCAGGUCAUUCAGGAAGUCAAUAGUCUCACUGGGCUGCCGAUCUGCAACGAGAGCACCUGCCCCACCAUGUCUGCUGGUCGUCUGACCUACACCUGGCUCGUGGACGGUCGCGCCGCCAAGAUCUCCGCGCCCAAGUUCAUCAACCGUGUCGAGAAAUGGAUCGUCAGCAAGAUUCACGACCCGGUCAUGUUCCCGACAGAGAAGGUGGCUGGCAUGCCGGAAACCUUUGCGAUCAACGAGGCCGGAGGCCCCAGUGCGACCUCGGGAGAGGAGUGGAUCGGCAAGUCGAGCGGCUUCCCGCAGACGUUCUACAAGGACUGCCAGGGGAUCAUGAAACAGAUGUUCCGCUGCUACGCCCACUUGUACCACGCGCACUGGCUCAAUCCUUUCUGGCACAUCAACAAGCACGACAUCCUCAACAUGUGCUUCGUCCACUUCGUGACGGUGGCCAAGUACUACAAGCUCGUGUCCGACAAGGAGAUGGAGCCCAUGCAACCGCUCAUCGACCUGUUCAUCAAGCAGCAGCGGAUCCCUCCAGAGGCCCUCUCGGGCGGUCACUGGGGCCAGCAAGCCUCUAGCUGA